ACAAAGAGCUCACGCGCCGCGCACCGCGCCCGGGCCUCGCGUCCUCCCACGCGGGGACCCUGGCUUUGUGUCCGCGCUUUGCAAGGGACUCCGCCCUCCUUGCUCCCGCCAGCGCAAACGCCACCAUGCUUGCUAUGAAGGAGAAGAAUAAAACGCCGAAGGACAGCAUGACGCUCCUGCCUUGCUUUUAUUUCGUGGAGCUACCCAUCGUGGCUUCCUCCAUUGUGUCUCUGUACUUCCUGGAGCUGACUGACCUGUUCAAGCCAGCCAAGGUGGGCUUUCAGUGCUACGACCGCUCCCUGUCCAUGCCCUAUGUGGAGACAAAUGAAGAGCUGAUCCCAUUGCUCAUGCUGCUGAGCCUGGCCUUCGCUGCACCUGCGGCCUCAAUCAUGGUCGGUGAGGGCAUGGUCUACUGUCUGCAGUCCAGGCUCUGGGGCCGUGGUCCAGGGGGCGUGGAGGGCAGCAUCAAUGCUGGUGGCUGCAACUUCAACUCCUUCCUCCGGCGCACAGUGCGCUUUGUGGGUGUACACGUGUUUGGCCUGUGUGCCACGGCUCUGGUGACAGAUGUCAUCCAGCUGGCCACCGGCUACCACACGCCUUUCUUCCUAACCGUCUGCAAACCCAAUUACACCCUGCUGGGCACUUCCUGUGAGUCGAACCCUUACAUCACACAGGACAUCUGCUCUGGCCACGAUACCCAUGCCAUCCUGUCAGCAAGGAAGACCUUCCCGUCCCAGCACGCCACUCUGUCAGCCUUCGCUGCUGUCUACGUCUCGAUGUACUUCAACGCUGUUAUCUCGGACACCACGAAGCUGCUGAAGCCCAUCCUUGUGUUCGCCUUCGCCAUUGCUGCGGGUGUCUGCGGCCUCACACAGAUCACCCAGUAUCGCAGCCACCCUGUGGACGUCUAUGCAGGCUUUCUUAUCGGUGCUGGCAUCGCUGCCUACCUGGCCUGCCACGCUGUGGGCAACUUCCAGGCACCACCUGCAGAAAAGGUGCCUACCCCAGCUCCUGCCAAGGACGCCCUGCGAGCGCUGACACAGCGGGGCCAUGAGUCCAUGUAUCAGCAGAAUAAGUCUGUCAGCACCGAUGAGCUGGGCCCUCCAGGGAGGCUAGAGGGCGUGCCUCGGCCUGUGGCUCGAGAGAAGACAUCUCUUGGCAGCCUGAAGCGAGCCAGCGUGGAUGUGGACCUGCUAGCCCCACGCAGCCCCAUGGGCAAAGAGGGCAUGGUCACCUUCAGCAACACACUGCCCCGGGUCAGCACGCCCUCGCUGGAUGACCCUGCACGGCGCCACAUGACUAUCCACGUGCCCCUUGAUGCCUCCCGUUCCAGGCAGCUUAUCAGUGAGUGGAAGCAAAAAUCCCUGGAGGGCCGUGGCCUGGGUCUGCCUGAUGAGGCCAGCCCUGUGCAUCUGCGGGCCCCAGCAGAGCAGGUGGCAGAGGAAGAAGAGGAAGAGGAGGAGGAAGAGGAGGAGGAGGAGGAAGAGGAGGAGGAGGAAGGGCCUGUUCCACCCUCACUCUACCCUACUGUCCAGGCUCGGCCAGGCCUUGGGCCCCGAGUCAUCCUGCCUCCAAGGCCAGGGCCCCAGCCCCUCGUACACAUCCCUGAGGAAGGUGUUCAGGCUGGAGCUGGCCUGUCACCCAAGAGCAGCAGCUCAUCAGUGCGGGCCAAGUGGCUGUCAAUGGCUGAGAAGGGUGGGGGUCCAGUGGCUGUGGCUCCAUCCCAGCCCCGGGUAGCCAACCCACCCAGGCUACUACAGGUCAUCGCUAUGUCCAAGGCGGCAGGGGGCCCCAAGGCUGAGACAGCUUCAUCCUCCAGUGCCAGCUCUGACUCUUCCCAGUACAGGUCCCCGUCAGACCGUGACUCUGCCAGCAUUGUUACAAUUGAUGCCCAUGCACCUCACCAUCCAGUCGUGCACCUGUCUGCUGGUAGCACACCCUGGGAGUGGAAGGCUAAAGUAGUGGAGGGCGAGGGUAGCUAUGAGCUGGGGGACCUGGCACGCGGCUUCAGAAGCAGCUGUAAACAGCCUGGAAUGGGCCCAGGGUCUCCAGUCAGUGAUGUGGACCAGGAAGAACCCCGGUUUGGGGCAGUGGCCACUGUCAACCUGGCCACUGGGGAGGGUCUGCCCCCACCAGGUGCAAGUGAAGGGGCCCUAGGUGCAGGCAGCAGAGAAUCCACCCUGAGGCGCCAGGUGGGCGGGCUGGUGGAAAGAGAAGUGGAGGCUGAGGCAGAAAGUUAUUAUAGGAGGAUGCAGGCCAGAAGGUACCAGGACUAAGCCUGGCAAAACUGUGAUGGGGGGUUAGGGGAGCUGGGGGUGUCUACAGCCCCACCAAUAAAAACUUAUACUAUUA